AUUCACUCUCAUUCAAGUACACCAAGAAUCUGCAAUGAACCCAUUCAGCACACCAAAAGCCAAGAGAACCGCACCUUCGCCGUCAACACCACAGAGACAGGGUUCUUCUGUAUCCUCAUCAGUCUCAAGUCUUGUGCCAUGCCCGAUAUGCGAAAAAUCGAUUCCAGAGUGGUUCGUGAACAACCAUUUGGAUAAUGAAUGCUCGGGCAUGGAGAGUGUCGCCGAGGCCAUGUUGCAACAGACAGCGGGCAAACGGAAAUACGGGGAGAUCGAGGAAUUCGAAAGCAUGGACACAUCAAAUCCAUUUAUUGAAAACAGAUCGAACGGGAACGACAAGGAAUACAGACCAUCAUCAUUCUUGCAUUCACCUACGCUCGUUGAACACCAGCAACAGAGCAGGAAGGAAAAAGCAAAUGCUGCAGUGCUGCGAGCCAUGCCUCUUGCUGAACGAGGUAUGUUUGCGCUGCGCUGUAUCUUGAUACAGAGCCAAACAAGGGUUCCAUCAAGAACAGGGAAACAGGACUGACGCAGUAGUUCCGUCGGACAAAAUAGCACGACCGAACACUCUGGACGAUUACAUUGGACAAAAGGAGUUGGUUGGUCCAGGAGGCAUGCUUAGGGCACUUGUGCUUCAGGAUUCUGUCCCGUAAGUGUAAUCUUGUCAUUUUUCU